AUCGCGGCGCCCGCACCGCCGCCGGCCCCGCAGCUCGGCCCCUGCCCACCCACCCCCCCCCCAACCCCCUCCUCCGGCUCCUCCUGCCCCGACAGCUUAAAAAAGCAAAACGAGCACCGAAAGCCGCGUUAGGGAUCGCCGCGCCCCGCAGGAAAGUAAGAGUUCAAGGAAAGCUUUCAAGGGGAGUUCUCUGGGAAGGAAGACUGUUGUGUCUUUCCAUGAAGAAAACCACCCGACCUGCAUGACGUGCUGAGGGCAGAGCCACCUGCCAUCAGCGCGCGGCGCAGGAGGAGUUCUUUCCUGCAUUACAAAUUCGGAACAAGUGUAUAAAAAGUGAGAGUUGGAAAAUGGUCCUCUCCAAAAGGCGUGGAUGUACCAGGAUGUAGCCACUGUACAAAAUUUACCCUUGGAUAAUUCUGGACAGAGAUAAAAGCCCGCUGCUGACCUCCUGAAGAGGCGACCACCAUUCCAGCCUGAGCAUAAUGAAUAGUUUCCAUCACGCGGCGCUCAAGUCACCGCCGACAACUGCACCACACACAAGAGUUGGUACGAGUUACAAAGAAAGUAAUUCCUGUUAAAAGGCGUUAAACCAAACAAAAGAGGCUGUCCUUCUUUCACAGACUUUACAUGAGGACAAAAAUAGAAGGAAGUUGAAGCUUUUCUCCUCCCUGGCCUGGUGUGCUUAUGUACCAUGAUAAAUCUUUGUUGGAUUGCUCCCGGAGCGUAGUGCCAGGAGGCUCGCACCGCCGGAAGGAUCGCUCAAGUAAACGCAGCCAAGGGAGAAGCAGCUCCAUGGAGUAAAGUGUAAGAGCAGCUCGUGAGACAGAAAUUGCGUUUGCUGGACAUCCUCAAGCACAAAAUUUACUCUUACCUUUAAAUACGAUGUCUUCUGUAAUGUUGAAGUUGAAUUUUCAUUGGAGUUUCUUCGCUGAUGAUCUGGAUAAUUUUGUUUGUUUGGUUUUUUUAGAUUGUUGAAGAUCAGAACUGUAUACAAAUCUCAUCAUUCCUGACCAUGAUUAGUGUAACCUGGAGCAUCUUCCUAAUUUGGACUAAAAUAGGGCUGUUACUUGACAUGGCACCUUAUUCUGUUAGUGCCAAACCAUGCCCUUCAGUAUGUCGCUGUGAUGUGGGUUUCAUAUAUUGUAAUGAUCGCGAUUUGACAUCUAUUCCUACAGGAAUCCCAGAGGAUGCUACUACCCUCUUCCUUCAGAACAAUCAAAUUAAUAAUGCUGGGAUUCCUUCAGAACUGAAGAACUUGCUUAGGGUGGAAAGAAUAUAUUUAUACCACAACAGCCUAGAUGAAUUCCCCACUAACCUCCCUAAGUACGUUAAAGAACUGCAUUUGCAGGAGAAUAACAUAAGGACCAUUACUUAUGAUUCACUUUCACAAAUUCCCUAUCUGGAAGAACUGCAUUUGGAUGAUAAUUCGGUUUCCGCUGUUAGCAUUGAGGACGGAGCUUUCCGGGACAACAUCUAUCUCAGACUUCUUUUUCUCUCUCGAAAUCACCUUAGCACCAUUCCCUGGGGUUUGCCUAAAACGAUAGAAGAGCUACGCUUGGAUGAUAAUCGUAUUUCCACGAUUUCAGAGCUGUCCCUCCAAGACCUUACAAAUCUAAAACGCCUUGUUUUAGACGGAAAUCUUCUAAAUAACCACGGAUUAGGAGACAAGGUCUUCAUGAAUCUAGUCAAUCUUACAGAACUGUCAUUGGUCCGCAAUUCACUCACAGCCGCACCAGUAAAUUUGCCAGGAACAAACCUAAGAAAACUUUAUCUUCAAGAAAACCAUAUAAAUCGUGUGCCACCCAACGCUUUCUCUUACUUACGGCAGUUGUACCGGCUAGAUAUGUCCAACAACAAUCUCAGCAAUUUACCUCAGGGUGUCUUUGAUGACCUGGACAACAUAACUCAACUCUUCCUUCGUAACAACCCUUGGCACUGCGGGUGCAAAAUGAAAUGGGUCCGUGACUGGCUGCAGUCCUUACCCUUGAAAGUGAACGUGCGUGGGCUGAUGUGCCAGGCACCGGAAAAAGUCCGUGGGAUGGCUAUCAAAGACCUCAACGCGGAACUGUUUGACUGUAAGGAUGAUAUAAGCACCAUCCAAAUCACCACUGCGGUGCCAAACACCUUGUACCCGGCCCAGGGACACUGGCCGGUUUCUGUGACCAGACAGCCUGAGAUGAAGGCUCCCAACCUGACUAAGAACUACAGAACCACAGCCAGCCCGGUGCGCAAAGUCAUUACGAUAUUCGUGAAAUCCGUGAGCACGGAGACCAUUCACAUCUCCUGGAAAGUGGCGCUGCCGAUGACCGCUCUGAGACUGAGCUGGCUCAAGAUGGGCCACAGCCCUGCCUUUGGAUCUAUAACAGAAACCAUCGUCACCGGAGACAGAAGCGACUACUUGCUGACGGCGCUCGAGCCCGAGUCGCCGUACCGCGUCUGCAUGGUUCCCAUGGAAACCAGCAACAUCUAUCUCUCCGACGAAACGCCCGAGUGCAUCGAGACCGAGACGGCGCCCCUCAAGAUGUACAACCCGACCACCACCCUCAACCGGGAGCAGGAGAAGGAGCCUUACAAAAACUCCAGCUUGCCCCUGGCCGCCAUCAUCGGCGGGGCGGUGGCGCUGGUGGCCAUCGCGCUGCUGGCGCUGGUGUGCUGGUACGUCCACAGGAACGGGUCCCUCUUCUCCCGGAACUGCGCCUACAGCAAGGGACGCAGGAGAAAAGAUGACUACGCCGAAGCGGGAACCAAGAAGGACAACUCCAUCCUGGAAAUCAGGGAGACUUCUUUCCAGAUGAUACCCAUCACCAACGACCAGGUGUCCAAGGAGGAGUUUGUAAUACACACCAUCUUCCCGCCCAACGGCAUGAACCUCUACAAGAACAGCCACAGUGAAAGCAGUAGUAACAGGAGCUACAGAGACAGUGGUAUUCCAGAUUCAGAUCAUUCGCACUCAUGAUACUGAAGGACGUGAAAGACUGGUUUGGUUUUGGUUUGGGUUCUUUUUGUUUUUUGUUUUAUAAACGAGAAAAGACUGACUUUAACGGUUGCUGUUCUACUGCAAAACACUGGAUUAAAGACUGACAAAGCAAUGUACUGUACAUUUGCCAUAUAAUUUAUAUUUAAGAACUUUUUAUUAAAAGUUUCAAAUUUCAGGCUACUGCUGCGAUUAAUGUAGUGGGGAUACCUGACCACAAUUCUCUAUUUUAGUAUUUUUUAGUAAUUUGUACUGUAUUUUCCUUGCUAAUAUUGAAGUUACAGACCAUUUAACUUUUGUGUUCUACUGAGUAAGAUGACUUGUUGACUGUGAAAGUGAAUUUUCUUGCCGUGUUGAGCAGUCAGAACAUUCAUCUGAGAUCCUUGUAAGUGUAAGCACAGGCCAUUUUUCACUUUGGUAUUAAUAAAAUAAUGUUAAACCUGGCAAAUCAAGAAGAUCAAGCAGUGGUUGCAAAAACUCACAGAACUUUAAAUGUUGGGUCUAUUAAAUCUGUAAACCACAACAAUAUUCAAUAAACAAAAAUGCGUGUAGUAAUGGGCAAUAUCAGCUGUCUGGAUAUAUCCAUGUCAACAAUGGUGAAAUCCAAUUGAAAAGAAAAUAAUCAAAUCAAUUACAUGCAUGAGACUGAAACUGUUGACACGCGUAAGGAAAGAAUUGACCCCUGGAAGAAAGCAUAAUGAAAUUUCUAACAAGGAAUUCAAAAAAAAAAUAAUAAAAAUGCACUAGGCUCCAGAAACCACAGGGUAGAUACGGUUUUAGGGAUAGAUUUCUGGUUAUCAGCACCAGCGGUCUGCUUGUUACAGAGAAAACAGUGAUGGAUGGUCACAGGCAUUUGGGAGGCAGGGGCAGGGCACAGGGAAAACGCUUGGCAACUGCUCCGGAACAGCAAUGGGCUGAGAGGAGAGUUUCGUAAGAAAAACAAGCAGGACAAAAAACAGGCAAUGCAAGCAAGGUAUAAAAAAUUCUAGUCACAAAGGUAAACAAAAUUGGAGCUUACAGCUAUUUUAAAAGCGUAUACUCAAACAGUACGUAGGUAUGUGUUAACUAUACUGCCGUUACAGUCAGGAAUACUGCCCAUUACUGUCACAGUUUUCCAGAAAUUCCUUGGUAAAUCUGUAAGGUAUCGUUUCUUUCUGCCUUCCUGCUGAACUAUAAGCUAUUUUCAUGUUUAAACCCCAAGCCACUCUUUGUUGCCAUAAUCAUUUGUUUCUUCAACUAAAAACCAAAGUGCAUUGUACGCCCUUUGGCUAGUCUUGUAUGUGCCUUGAUCCAACGCUACAUGUAUCAAGCUUUUAAAAACAAAACAAAAAAAAAUUAAAAAAAAUAAAAUACCCACUUUUUCAUAUGUAACUUAAAUAUGAAAAACAUUGUUCUUAUUGAUGAAUGAAUUUGAAAAAUUAGUACAGAGCAAAGUCACAUGUCUGCAGUGCACUGGUAGGAAAUUCACUCGAAAGCUACUACUUUUCAGGUCAUGAGUUUCACCUUUUUCUUUGUUCAACACAGUAUCACACUUCCUGGAUUUCUUUAAUUACUUUGAAAAAGCAAGUUUUCACAACUUCCAAGUGUGUUAGCAAUGAACAAGAGGGAAAGCACAGAGUUACAGCCCUCUGAGAUACAAUUUUUUUCAACACCAAGAAAAAGAUAGGGGGACCUACAAAAGCGUAAUAUUUUGGACAAUAUUUCUGCAAGGAAGGAAUGUAUACCAAAUGCAAUUCAAUUAUAAGAGAAUUUUAGCAGUGCUGAGCCUGUCUGUUUCUCAAUGACUGGUACAGGACAGAAGAUGACGGGACAAAGUGAGAGACACCAAGACUGAUGGUCAACCAGCAGUCAACCAGCAAAUGACCCUUCUGCCAGAGGUCCCAGUAACACACAGCUCAUUUCAACCUCAUUUUCCAGUCACGGCAACACCACCUGCAGUUUCUGUGCGGCGGAGGAGUCUCCAUAGAGGAGCAGCGUGGUGCUUCGCCACCGACCUCCCGUAGUCCCAUCAUCUCGUUAGAGGCAGCAUCGUCAGGAUCCACCACGCCAGAAGUACCAGGGGCAUGUUCCGCUCAGCGGCUCUGUGUGCAGCUCUGGGUGAUGCACGGGACUAUUUUGCCCAAGAGGCACACACAGCCUUGCUAUGUUCCUGUGCAAAAGGCUUCCUGAGCAGUAAGUGGGGAAGGAAAACCAACCCAAAUGGACAAGACAGACCUGUUUUGUUUUUUUUCCAUGUAAGCUAGCAUACAGGGACCCUUACACCUGAGAUGCAUUUAAUGUCUGGAUCACUGGCAACAGAUAAUUAGUUCUUUGCCAUCAGCUCUCCAGUAGCAAAAUUAAAUGGGUUUUGCUGAGUUUUCAAGCUCUUGCUGCAAAAACCUCUCUUGUAGUUGACUCAACAUGUAUGAUGUGUAAAGGGUAGCAGAAAACUCAAUGAGUACUCUCCUGUGCCCCUACUUAGACCAUCCAAAGGCAGCCCGGUGAUGGUACACACCAUCAACCUACACUUCGUGGAUGAUUCCACGCAAAGGUAUGGGCUACAGCAAGCUGCCAUUUGAGGAGGUAAUUGUGUACCAGUCCUACGUGCAAGGACUUCUGCAUUAUAAAAUUAAUGUACUUUGAGACAAAAACAUGCAAAUCCAAAGCACCCUCAACAAGUUGGCCCAGUCAUUCCACGUUCACCUCCACCAGAAAGCAGAUGAAAACCUGGAGAAAUGAUGCCAUCCUCUGUGGCAAAACAGACCAGGUGUGCAGGCAGAGCCGGUUGCUUCCUACAGCAGUUGCUGUCAAUGUAAAAACCACGGCACAUCUAUGGUUCUUGAGUUCUAUGGCAGCUUUCACAGAACAUGCAUAAUAUUCAGACGUGUCAACUUGGCAAGUGAAAGAUUCAUUUCAAACUAGACUUUGUAUUUUUUUUGUCUUUUGAUAUUUACAUAAAUUUCUGUUCUGCUUCAUGCCACGACUGUCUCCCAAGACUCUUCUGCUUAACAUAGCACUACAGUUAGAGCAUGCAGUGCUCUCCAGCACCAUGCAUAAAUCCCUUCUAUUAGACAGUUCUAUAUGUAGACAAAUAUGAUUACUACAUUGAGCAGUUUGCUCAUCAUAUUUAUCAAAAUUAAUCCACAUUAAAUUAUCUCAAAUAACUAUAAUUCCACAUUAUUUCAGUCUACUGUCAAAUACUUAAUUUCAGAGCAUGGAGUGAAAUUUUGUUUUCAACAUAACCAAAACGUAUGUGCCGAGUUAAUUGAAUCAGCAUCUUCAAUGUUAAAAUUCUACGCCUGGCAUCUUUUACAUUCCUUAUUCUUGUCCCUUUUUAAAUUUAUAUUGCUAUCCCGAAUUGCUCACAGUUCUGUUGUAAACUAAAAGCUGACUCCAAAAAAACAGCUGGUAUUUUGGAAGCCAUAUUAAUUUUGUCUCAUCUCAGUAAACUUCCACAACUACAUUUGCUUCAUUUAUAAGCUAUUAUUUCCUAACUGUACAACAGCCUGAAAUGCAACAACUGUUGGGGUUUGGGGUUGGUUUUUUUUGUUUUGUUUUGUUUUUCUCCCUGGCUUUAACAGGACCAAUAUCAAAGCAUUAUGGCUUUGGAACAGUUACCAAUUCUGCUAAUGCACUAGCUAGCAUGCAAGCUAUAUUGUGCCAAUGCUGUACAUAUUGAAUGUAGAGCAGCAAAUGCAAUAAAGCAAGAACGAAAGUAA